GAAGGCGGAAAAGCGGGGAGGAGGAGCGCAGCGCGUCCGUGCCACCUGCCGACGGGGCGGUUUUGGCCUCGAGGGCAGGGUCUCCCCCGAGCCGUGCGCCAUGGCGUCGGAGGGGCCGCGGGAGCCCGCGGGCGAGGGCAUCAAGUUGUCAGCAGAUGUCAAACCGUUUGUCCCCAAAUUUGCUGGGCUCAAUGUGGUGUGGUCAGAGUCUUCGGAAGCUCGUGUGUUCCCUAGCUGUGCAGCCCCGUAUUAUCCGUGUGCUCAGGAGCUGCCGGGGCCUGAGCAGAAACUCUACACUGAAGAUGUGGCCUUUGGAGCUUCAGCUUUUCCACCUCAGUAUCUGUCCUCUGAGCUCGCUGUCCAUCCGUGCAGCUACUCUCCUUACCCCGUGGAGUCUACACCGCGCGUGUGCCCGGUGCCCGGGGCCCCGUAUGCUUACGGCCACCCCGGCUGUUACCGAGCAUUUCAGACCCUGAAGCCACGGAGCGAGCAGGUGUGCGCUCUCCCUCAAGGCACGAGAGCUGCGUUUAAGAAAAAAACGUAUGAUGAACAAAAGUUUGAUAGCAAGAAGGCUGACGGAUCUCUGCCAUCUGAUGUGAAAUCAGAUGGUUAUCACAGACGAACGGACAGGAAAUCCAGAAUCAUCGAGAAAAGUGCAUCUGCCUCCAAACCAGAGUUUGAAUUUACCAGGAUGGAUUUUCCUGAACUGCAGGGUUCGGAGAACAGGGAGAUCGCAGAGACACGGAAGCAGCCCCGGUGGGGGCCUCUGCGCUCCGCCUCAGCUGACCUCUCUCUCCUGGGAGAGGUGGGGGAACCCGCCGCGGGGACAGCAGAGGGUGAAGGAGCGGCGAGAAGCCCGAGCGCGGCCGAGUCCGUGGCCGCCGGCACCGCGGCCGGGCCCUCCUCGUGCGCCAGAGAGUUAUCUUGGACACCAAUGGGUUAUGUUGUUCGGCAGACAUUAUCUACAGAACGGCCACCGGCCCCUAAAAACGUUACUUCCAUGAUAAACCUAAAGACGGUUGCUUCAUCAGCAGACCCCAAAAGCGCUAGUAUGUCACCCUCUGAAGUUUUCUCUGCGGACCCUUCCUGCAAAGAGAAACACGUCCACCCUACUAAAAAGUCCAAAGCGUCACAAGGUGGCGAUCCUGAGCAAAAUGAAGCCUCAAGAAAGCAUAAGAAAAAGAAAGAAAAGUCUAAAUCGAAAUACGAAGUUUUGACCAUUCAAGAGCCGCCAAGGAUUGAAGACGCCGAGGACUUUCCCAGCCUGGCUGCCGCGUCUGAGCGCAGGGACCGAGGGGCAUCUCCGCGACUUCAAUCCAGACAGCAGCCACAGAAUAAUUUUAAAAACAGUGGAAAGAAGAGCCAGGUUCCAGUACAGCUGGAUUUGGGGGGGAUGCUGGCAGCCUUGGAAAAGAAGCAGCACGCCCAGAGCGCAAGAGCGUCCUCCAAGCCGGUGGUGUUCUCGGUUGGGGCGGUGCCGGUUCUCUCCAGAGACCCCGCGUCGGGGAAGAAGGGCCACUUCAGCCAGGUGAAGACCCCACACAACCCCUUGGACUCCAGCGCCCCGCUGAUGAAGAAGGGGAAGCAGAGGGAGGUCCCCAAGGCCAAGAAGCCGACGUCGUUGAAGAAGAUUAUUUUGAAAGAACGGCAGGAGAGAAAGCAGCAGCGUCUCCAAGAAAACGCCGGGAGCCCGGCUCCUGCCAGUGACGCCGCGCUGGACGGAGAGAGCGGUGGCGACGAGGCCCUGGAACAAGCCGAGCCCUCAGAGGGGACGGAGGAGUCGGCGGCCCCCACUCCCACGGGGCAACGCAAGUCAGAAGAGCCGCCGAGAACCGAGCCCCAGAAGGAGGCGGACGGCCUCUGCCUGGUCCCCGACGGCGCUGGCUGCCCCAGGAUCCACAGCCGGAGAUUCCGGGAUUACUGCAGCCAGAUGCUGAGCAAGGAGGUGGACGCCUGCGUCACGGACCUGCUCAGAGAGCUGGUGCGCUUCCAAGACCGGAUGUACCAGAAGGAUCCGGUCAAGGCCAAGACCAAGCGCCGGCUGGUGCUGGGGCUGAGGGAGGUGCUCAAGCACCUGAAGCUCAGGAAGCUGAAGUGCAUCAUCAUCUCCCCCAACUGUGAGAAGAUUCAGUCGAAAGGCGGGCUGGACGAUACCCUGCACACCAUCAUCGGUUAUGCCUGCGAGCAGAACAUCCCUUUCGUGUUCGCUCUCAACCGCAAGGCUCUGGGGCGCAGUUUGAACAAGGCCGUCCCUGUCAGCGUGGUGGGCAUCUUCAGCUACGACGGGGCCCAGGACCAGUUCCACAGGAUGGUGGAGCUGACGAUGGCCGCCCGGCAGGCGUACAAGACCAUGCUGGAGAACGCACGCCAGGAGCUGGCGGGGGAGCCUGGGCCCCCCGCCCCGGGCAGCCCGCCCCCGCAGGGCCCCCCUGCUCCUGCCGCCGGGAGAGAUGAGCCGCGCUACAUGGAAAUCUGGAGAGAACACCUAGAAGCCUACAGUCGGGGUGCCCUGGAGCUGGAGGACUCUCUGGAGGCUUCAACCUCGCAGAUGAUGAACCUGAACUUAUAGGAAGACUCCUCGGGGUGUGUUGUGUAUUUGGGGUGAGGAAGGGGGGUGUGGAAGACUCUGGGGCCUUCUUCACAGUUCUUCUUGGCCUCGUGUAUUCCGUGUGGCUGUUCGAUUGGGAGGCGAAUCCGAGAUGUGCAUCCCGGGGACGGGCGUUCGGGUGUGCUGGCGGGAACCUUUCCAAAAAUUCCGAAGUCGUGGCUUUGGGUCUCUGAGCACGCGGAGUCUGGAAAGGACUGGAAUGUGUGUGCUGCUCGGAGUUCUUUGCCGUGAAGGAACCGCCUCCGAUGUGGCAGAGCUGAGCCACGUUCGUUUGUGGAAGGAGCCGCGGGGUCACAGCCGGGCCGCUGCUCCUGGCCGCUGCUCUUGGCCGCGGACCCAGCAGGGCCGCAAAGCAGUAGCCAGGCGGGGCGGGGCCGCUUUCGAGGCAGGGGACCUGCUGGGGACCUGGCUUUCUGGCUGGAAGAUGCGGGGAUACUUGGAGGAUUUGCUAAAAUGAGCCUCAGAGGGAAAAUUGGUUCUUUAACCUGUGACCUCUUGAUACGGAUAUUCCUUUCUGUCUUUAUUUUUCAAAGAAGCGAUGUAUACCGAAGUUCCUAAAUUUCAGUUUUGAUAUCUACAGAUCCUUUCUCUCUCUCGUAAACGAACAUACUGUGACCGUGGUUUCUGUCUGGGAGGCAGGCAGGAUGUUGCCUGCGUGCUCUCCUGUAGGAGGGCGUAUUUACCUGGAAUAAAGAGUGAUGCUUUGA